GAUCCGUGCCGUGCGCGACUGAUGCGAGCUGCGAGUGAGGUGAGCUGUCAAAUUGGAAAUAUGAAAAUCAUUUACGAGUGCAAAUUCUGACCCAAAACCGAGAAAAUUGCGUUUUAAUUCGGAACCGACAGUGAUUGUACCCCGGCGGAAGUGCAUUUUUUUUUUCUCCAGUUCCGAAGACGACGGUCAGCAGAAAGCCAUCAUGAAGAUCACCAUCAAAACAUUGAAGCAGGAGGCGUUCCACAUCGAGGUGGACGUGGAGAAGGACACCGUCCGGACGCUGAAGGAGAAAUUCUUCCAGGAGAGCAAACAGGACUACCCGGUCGAGCGGCAGCGGUUGAUCUACCUGGGCAAAAUCAUGGAAGACGAACAGCCGCUCAGCCACUACAACCUGGACGAUAAGAAGUUUGUUGUGGUUAUGAACAAGAAGCCCACGACGGCCCCGGCGGAACCGGCGGCCGCCGCUAGCAGUGCUUCGGCUUCGACCACGUCAGCGACGGCGGACAAGACUAGUACCGCCAAGAGUGAGGGUGCUCCGGCUGCUUCUGCCAGUUCCUCGACGGCAACCGCCAAGGCGGCCGAAGAAAAGCCCAAGGAGGCAGAGGAGAAGCCGAAGGAGGACAAAAAGCCGGAAGAACCUCCACAGGACGAUAUUCAAAUCAAGAUCCAGAGGAUAACGGAAAUGGGCUACUCGCUGGAGGAAGCCCGUAUCGCGCUCGAGAUCUGCGACAACAACCCGGAUCGUGCCGUCGAAUACCUUCUGUCGGAGAUUGCCACCAGCUCCAUGGGCGGCGGCGGCGGCGGUGGUGGUGGAGGUAAUGGCGGCGGGAGCGCUGCCUUAUCUGGCGGUGCCACUCAGGAGAGCAGACUGGCCUUCCUGCGGGAACAUCCAACCUUCCUGGAGAUGAAGCGUCUCCUCCAGGAGGAUCCCAGCCUGUUGCCGCAUUUACUGCAGAAGAUCCAAUCGAGCAAUCCGGACCUGAUGCGCAUCAUCUCCGAGAACCAGGUGGAAUUCCUGACGCUGAUCAACGAGGGCACCGAGGAGCCGUCCGAUGCCCGAAUGGGAGUGCCCCGGGAACUUGAAACGACUGCCGCCGCCAUGGUGGACAGUUUGACCCAGUCGGACAUGGAUGCGAUCGACCGGCUGAAGGCCCUCGGGUUCCCGGAACAUCUGGUAAUUCAGGCGUACAUUGCUUGCGAACGGAACGAGUACCAGGCGGCGGAUUUCCUCGUCUCACAGACGCUGGACGAUGACGAGUAAGCAAAAUGGCUUUUCUUUUUUCCCCCUUUUUCCUCUUGAAGAUGCGAUCCGAAGUAAGGUUUGAUUGGAUUUGGUUUAUGAAAAUAUGUUUCCCACUUUAGUAGAGUGACUCAACCGUCUUUUCCCGGAUUCCCCGUUUUCCCCGGUCCGAAUUUCAUACAAAUCCUCUUUCUAAAGUCAGCAAAUAGGGUUCCACGGCGAAUAAUAUAAACUUUUGAUUCAAAAAUCUUUCAUCUUUACAUCAACAGAAAAGUAUAGUUGAACUGAAAAAGACGAACAGUUGAUUCAAUCGCAGAAUAUUUUGGAAUCAACAUCGAAACAUUUGAAACCGGACAAACAUGGGUUACUUGAUUUUAGUUUCUUUGCUAGUAAGAACACACAAUAUAGCUGCUUGCCUUAGUGUUGAUGGUGGUCUGGAAUAAUUUCCGUCUGUGUUACGUCAACAGUCACAAGUUUGCGAUUCAGCGAAUCAGCUUAUUGUUCACUUUUUAUUGUUUUUUUUUAAUUAUUUUAACUGAAUAAGCGGUGAUGAUGAUGAUGAAUGUUUAACAACCCUACUACUGAAAAUUGCAUAUAAAAAAAAAACAAGUAUAAUUGUAUACAGAAAAACUCUAAAAUUUAAAUUACUACACCUACGCGAUUAUUGAAAUUGAUGAAAAAAUUAUCCAUUCUCAAAAAAAUUUUGCCCCAAAUAAAAUUUAAGGACUAUUGUAA